AUGUUUCUUCGAAGCCGGUGCAAGCCGGACCUGAAGACUUACAAGCUGCCCUCCGAUGGUUCAAAGUCAAAGGGGCCGCUCAGGAGAUCCGUCUUUGUUGCACCGCUCAACAUGGGAAAGGGAAAAGGGAAGGGCAAGGCCAACGGUACGUACCCGGACGACAAGGGUCACGCGGGGUACCAGGGACAGGGCCAGUAUGGGUACCCAGAGCAAGGGUACCCGGUUCCAGCAUACCCCGCCCAAGGCCCAAGUGCGCCCCCCGCGGGCUAUCCCCAGCCGACUCCUCAGUACCAGCCUUACGGCCCCGGAUUUCAGCCCACCCCCGGUUACAUCCCUAGCACGGCUACCCCCCCUCCGCAGGAGAAAGGCACGGGCGGGGGGUUUUUGGCGGGGUGUCUCGCAGCGCUCUGCUGCUGCUGUGUCGCCGAUGAGUGUGUCGACUUGCUGACUUGUUGCUGCUGA